UAGAUGGUUCUAAGACUUAUAUCCCACCACCACCAAUGGCAUUGACAAGCAGUUCUGUCGCCGUAAUCUCACCUCAAUACUGCACACCAUAUCGAGUAGAUCUUUAUACUGCCAGGAAAGUUGAGUACAUAACAGAAGGUAAUUACUUAGGGGCUUUUGAUAUCAAUGGCAACACAAUCUUCAAAGUGACAACUAAGUAUUCUAAACGUCACCGUAUUCUUGUUGAUGCUGCUGGAGUUCCGGUUGUAUCUCUAAAACCAAAGAAAUUUUUUGGCAGAUGGAAUGCAUAUAGAGGAGAUAGCACAAACUCGAAAGAUUUGUUAUUUAUUGUGAAGAGCUCUAACUUUAUAAAAAAAAUUUUCCAAUUCGAUACGUACUUGGAUGUGUUCUUAGCAUCAAACACAAGCGAAGGUGUUUGUGAUUUUAAGAUCAAACAAACCUGUAAUGAGAUAUCUUGUUUGAUCUAUCGCGGGAAUUCAGAUAAUCUCAUUGCUGAGACACUGAAGAAAAAGAGCGUCCAGCGGAAGGAUAUUGUUUCAGUCACUGUUUACCCGAACGUUGAUUAUGCAUUUGUCAUCGCGUUGCAUGUGGUUCUUGAUGGGAUUAAUGCAAGGGGAGGCAUGUUCCGUGUGGGAGGUAGAGGCGAUGGUUGGGGGGAUGGCGGGGAUGGUGGCGGCGGCGGCGGUGGAUGUGGAGGUGGAGGUGGGUGUGGAGGCGGGUGUGGUGGUGGAGGAGGGGGUUGA